AGCCAGCACGUGUGUUGUUUUUGUCAAUAAAUAUUAUUUUUACGAUUUAUCGGUGUUUUGGCUAAUCUGCCUUUAAUAUUAAGUAAAUUAAUAAAAUUUGCCAUCAGUUCAACUUUGAAAUUGUAAAUAAAAUAAAUUUAUAUUUUACAAUGACCAAAAAACUUCAAUUAACUGUCCCCGUUGUAUUAAUAAUUUCUUAACCGGGCUGUUUUAAUACAUUCUCAUUGGAGGCGUGAAAAGUCCAACUAAUUUUCAUAAUUCUUCUCAAAAACCACGAAUCAGCAGCAUUAUUCUCUUUUUUCAUUUUUUUUUUUUAGAAAUCAUCUAGGACUCUCAGAGCCUUAAAAAUGUCAGAAAGAUUGUCCUCCAACAACCUGCCACUAUUGCAAUGUGCAAUCAAGAAGGAUCCAGAGUCCCACAAACCUGAUUUCCUGGAUGUGUUGUCAGAAUUCAAUGCAAUCUGGAACACCUACCUCCUCAGCCCUACAAGCCAUGAAGAGGAUCUUGUGACCAAGGCAAUGUUUAUUGCACAGGUUUCUCACUGUUACAUAAAAGAGACCACAGAGUUUAUAAACCAAAUAAUCAAACUGCUCGACACCCAGGGACCCUUACUGGAUGCAGAUAUGAGACUGACGUUGUGUCGAGCGUUGAUGCUGAUGAGGAACAAGAACUUGAUACCAGCCAUCACUGUCCUACAAUUAUUCUUCAACUUAUUUCGAUGUCCUGACAAGGUCCUUCGUAGUACGCUGAGGAAUUACAUUGUCCAGGACAUCAAAAACAUCAAUAAGAAGGGAAAGAAUGUGCAACUUAACUCGGCACUCCAGAAUUAUAUGUACAUCAUGUUGAAGGACAACAACAAAGCAACUGUCAAACUUUCUUUGGACAUAAUUGUUGAGCUGUACAACAGGAAGGUGUGGAACAAUGAGAAGACUGCCAACAUCAUAACAACUGCACUCUUUUGCAAGGACAACAACAAGGUAGUUGUGGCAGCUCUCAAGUUUUUCCUCGGCUCAGAAAAUUCUCAGGAUGAUGGGGAAAGCGACAGUGAUGAUGAUGCAGCCGGAAUGACGGAACAGAGGUCGGCCAAGGAUCUGGCACUGGCAUACAGAGUUGGAAAGAAGACAAAGAAGAGGGAGAAGAGGAUGAAGAGAGCGCUAAAUAUGAUCCAGGAUCAAAAGAAAAAGAGAAAGAAGGUGAACGAUAACAACUUCUUAGCAAUUCAUCUCCUGAAUGACCCACAAGAUUUAGCAGAGAGAUUAUUUGCCCAACUGAGUGGGUCAAAAAAGAACGACAUCUUCCAAGUAAAACUUCUCAAACUCAACUUCAUCUCACAGCUCAUUGGCAUCCACAAGUUAUUUCUGUUGCAAUUCUACCCAUUUCUCGAUCGAUUUCUCAAGCCCUCUCAAACAGAUGUGACAAAGUUGUUGCUUUAUUUAGCACAAGCUUGCCAUGACAUUGUUCCACCAGAUAUAAUCCUAACCAGCAUAAGGACAAUUGCUGACAACUUCAUCAAUGAUUCAAAUAACAAUGAAGUCAUUGCCGUCGGGUUGAAUGCAGUGCGUGAGGUCUGCAACCGCUGUCCAUUAUCCAUGUCAGAAGAUUUACUUCAUGAUCUGGCUCUCUUCAAAAAGAACAAGGAUAAAUGCGUUUCCAUGGCCGCACAAUCUCUCAUUGGACUCUUCAGGGCUAAAAACCCCCAGCUCCUUCAUAGAUCUUUUAGGGGCAGACCGACAGUAGCAACCCAAGAGGUCAGAGUGCUGAACUAUGGAGAGCUGGAUGCAAAAGACUACAUAGUUGGAGCUGAAGUGCUUCCUGAUAGGGAAGAGGAAGAUAAAGAAUCAGAUGGUUGGCAGAGUUGUAGCGAUGAUGAAGAUGACGACGACGACGAUGAUGGUGGAUCCUGGGUGGAUGUGUCUCACUCAUCUGAUGAUGAAGAAAAUGAUCAAAACAAACCGAAGGCAUCAGCUGAGAUGAGCUUAGAAGAGAGAAUCGAAAAGUCAAAAAAGUUGAUGGAAAGCCGAAUUCUAACCCAGGAAGAUUUCAAAAAAAUUCAGCAUCAGCAGGAGGCGAGAGAGAAGGAGUUUGUUAGGAGGGUAGGCAGCAGGAAGAGGAAGCACAGUGAUGGCGAAUAUGAUAAUGAUGCUAAUGACAAAGAGGUCCUACCAUUAUCUCAGAUUGAAGGGGUGUACAAGAAGCGAAAGCACGAUAAGGAAUCCAGACUUGAGACUGUCAUGGCUGGCAGAGAAGGGCGCGAAAAAUUUGGCGGCGGUCGCAAGAAGAAGUCCAACCCGCACGCCAGUACCUCAAACACGAGCAAGAGGAAGAAGAAAAACUUCCAAAUGCUCAAACCCAAGCUGAUCAAGCAGAAAAAUAAGGCUUCCUACCACGAUAAGAAGGAAGCUUUGAAGAAAGUUUUGUUGAAAAAUUUGAACAGACGAAAAUAAACAAAUUUUUGUGUUUGUACUGUUCAUCGUUCAUUUGAUUAUUAUUAUGUUAAUAUAAAAUACGCGUCUGCCUAUUUAAUCAAAUGUUUAGUUGUAAAUAAAUUGUUUAUGAGGUUCAUGAGUAUUACGUGACAACACAACAGGUGAAUGAGUUUCUACCAUUCAACAUCAAAAGAAUCUGAACACAUAUUAAGGAUGGCGCCACAAAUAAAUCGCUACAAUAAUUUUUACGACGUCUGCGUUUAAUAAUAAAGUUUAAAUCUUAAAAA